AACGUAGAUCUACCGGGAAUCUUUCCACAGUGCACACGGAAAAGGUUCCCGCGAGUUUCCAGUGACGCACUGAACGGAAGUUUCCGUAUCGGGUGUUUUAUGGAAAGGUCGCGACCCUUAACGAGGGGCGGAGAAAUGGCGGAGUCGGCGGUGGCAGCUGGCGUUCUUGCAGCAGUGACGGCCGUGGAAGAUGUCGUGGACACCGAGAUUCAGAGGCUAGAAAACCUGGACGAGGAGGGACUUGGUCGGUUAAGGGAAGAGCGUCUGCAACAGUUGAAACGAGAGACCAAACAGCGAGAGGAAUGGAAGACGCAAGGACAUGGAGUCUACUCAGAGAUUGCAGAGGAAAAGGAGUUUUUUGAGGUGUGCAAGAAAAGUGAAAAGGUUGUCUGUCAUUUUUUUCGGGAGAGCACAUUUCGUUGUAAGAUAGUCGACAAGCACCUCAGUCUGCUCGCCACUCGUCACCUGGAGACCAGGUUUGUGAAACUAAGUGUAGAGAGAGCACCAUUUCUCUGUGAGAGACUGAAGAUACGUAUGUUACCGACUAUUGGACUAGUGGUGGAUGGUAAAACAAAGGACUUUAUCAAAGGGUUUGAUGAGCUAGGAGGUAGAGACGAUUUCUCUACUGAUCUACUAGAGUGGAGGCUGGGCUGUGGAGGAGCCAUUGACUACUCUGGUAACCUCCUGGAGCCUCCUCUGCCAGCCAGCAAGAAACAGUUGUCAGUUCACUCCAAGCAAACCAUCAGGGACUCAGCACUUGACUCCAGUGACUCUGAUGACUAGCCACACAUACUGUCGCACAGCCACACCAGUACCCAAUAUAUUAUACAUAUAUACUACAUUAUGUAGAAUUUGGAAAUAAUCUGGGAAAAGUGAACAUGAAAGUUAGCAGUGUAUAGUGCUUGCACCCAUGAAACGUCAACAAUUUCAAAAUUGAGUGGAAAUAAUAUUAAACUAGUGUUAGCUACUGGAGUUGAGGAUGGUAGGCAGAACAGCAGACAGUUCACAGCAGAGCCUGUGCAAUGGUAGUCCAACAACAUUGAAAUAGUCUCCUUCA